GGGGCGUUAGGCGUUCCUCCAUUCAUUGCCCAAUGCGUUCAAGAUCAAGAUGGCAGCCUCCGUGUGUCGGUGCUAUGAGCUGGUCGGAAGACGUCUUCUACUCCUGCCAUGCCGUGCUGUCGUCUCCUCAUUCAGUAGAGGAGAUGCCUACAGGAUAUGUUGUUCUCCGGCUGUCCCUGUGCAGGUGCGGUAUGCGUCAGAACGACCUAGUCGUAAAGGCUUCUUCGGGGAGUUUGUGGAGAACCUGAGGCAGGAGUUUGGGAAGGACAAGGAGAUGAAGGAGAACAUCAAGAAGUUCAGAGAGGAGGCCAAGAGGCUGGAGGAGUCGGAUGCCCUGCAACAGGCUCGGAGGAAAUUUAAAACAAUUGAAUCAGAGACGGUAAAGACCUCUGAGGUGUUCAAGAAGACCCUGGGGACUCUGUCCGAGACUGUGAAAGAGGGCUUUGAGGAAGUGACCCGUACAGACCUGGGGAAGAAGAUCAAGGAGGGGGUGGAGGAGGCAGCCAAGACGGCCAGGCACUCUGCUGAGUCUGUGUCCAAAGGAGGAGAGAAGCUGGGAGCGACCAGCGCCUUCAGGGCAAUCUCACAGGGGAUGGAGUCAGUGAAGAGAGAGAUUGAUGUGGUAGACGAUGGUACCUAUAGGGCUCCUUCUCAACUCAGGAAGAGAAGUGAAUUCUCCUUCAAGGGAGGGGAGAGUGACAACCGUGUCUUUGAGGCCAAUGAAGAGGACAUGGGUGUUGUUCUGCACAAGGAUUCUAAGUGGUACGCACAGUGGAAGGACUUCAAGGACAACAAUAUGGUUUUCAACAGGUUCUUUGAGAUGAAAAUGAAGUAUGACGAGAGUGACAACGCCCUUGUGAGAGCAUCUCGAGCCGUGACCGACAGAGUCACCGAUCUACUAGGUGGUCUCUUCUCGAAGACUGAGAUGUCUCAGGUGCUGACUGAGAUCUUAAAGGCAGACCCCAGCUUCGACAAGGACUCCUUUCUCAAACAGUGUGAGAAGGACAUCAUCCCCAACAUCCUAGAGGCGAUGAUCCGUGGAGAGCUGGAGGUCCUGAAGGACUGGUGCUAUGAAGCUACAUACAGUCAGUUGGCCCACCCUAUCCAACAGGCCAGGGCCCUGGGUCUAAUGUUCCAGUCCAAGGUCCUAGAUAUAGACAACAUAGAUUUGGCGAUGGGGAAGCUCAUGGAUCAAGGCCCUGUGCUGAUCAUCACGUUCCAGGCCCAGGUGGUCAUGGUAAUUCGUAGUCCCAAGGGAGACCUGGUGGAAGGGGAUCCAGAGAAGGUGUUGAGGAUGAUGUACGUGUGGGCUCUGUGUCGGGACCAGGAGGAGCUCAACCCCAACGCUGCCUGGAGACUACUGGACAUCUCUGCCUCCAGCACUGAGCAGGCUCUCUGAGAGACCAGGGAAGGAGAAGAGACAGAGGGGGACACACACGCCCACAACCUAGAACACUCACACACACAACCCAGUACACACACACUCACACACACAACCCAGUACACACACAACCCAGUACACACACAACCCAGUACACACACAACCCAGUACACACACACCCAGUACA